AUGGACGUGGAACAAAACCCCCAAUUCCUCAAACCGGUGCAGUCGGUCGACCAAAGCGUUCAAGAUGCCCACGAUCUCGCGGCUAUGGGCCAUGACCAGGCCCUGACCCGGAAGUUCGAUAUGUGGAGCAUGCUCGCUCUGGCGUUUUGUGUACUGGGGACAUAUUCUACAUUCGCUCAGGACCUUAGUAGCGGUCUGACCAAUGGAGGUGCUAUCACCAUCCUCUGGGGUCUGGUGUUGGUCACUCUCUGCAACCUCUGCGUCGCUGUCUCCCUGGGCGAGUUGGCCAGCAGCAUGCCAACUGCCCUGGGACAGGCGUAUUGGGUGCAUCGGCUCUGGAACACCCCGUUGGGCCGAUUUGCAUCCUACAUGACCGCGUGGAUCAACACUUUCGGCUGGUGGACUUUGACCGCCUCGCAGGUUGCCUUCAUGACGGAGUUCCUGCUAGGAAUGAAGGUCAUGUUCGACACCGAAUGGACUGGAGCUGGAACUGGCUGGUUGGAAUUUGUCGUCUUCAUCGGAUGCGUGUUUGUACUCACCGUCAUCAACGUCGUGGGUUGUCGGAAGGAGAAGAUCCUCCCCUGGUUGGCCAACUUUGUCGGCGUGUGGUUCACUGCUCUCUUCGUCAUUUUGUCGCUCGCGCUCCUCAUCUCCGUCGGUAUCAAGCCUGGUCUGUCGUAUCAGCCGGCCUCCUUCGUCUUUGGCAAGUGGAUCAACCAGACGGGCUGGAGUGACGGGGUCGUCUGGUUUGUUGGCCUGGUCCAGGCGGCGUACGGAUUGACGGCGUUCGAUGCUGUCAUCCAUAUGGUCGAAGAGAUCCCGGCUCCCCGCCGAAAUGCGCCCAGGGUGAUUUGGCUGGCGGUGCUCCUUGGGGCUGUCACCGGAUUUAUCUUCAUGAUCGUCUGUCUCUUCUGCAUCCAGGACGUCGACCGAGUCAUCGAUGGUCCCACAGGACUGCCAUUCAUGGAGCUUAUGCUUGAAACCGUCGGCCUGAAGGGUGGCGCAGUUCUUAUCGCUCUAUUCAUUUUCAAUGGGCUCGGCCAAGGAAUCAGUAUCCUCACCACUGCCUCCCGUCUGACCUGGGGUUUCGCCCGGGACGGUGGUUUGCCCUGGAGCCGGUAUCUGGCGCACGUCGACCCAGUGUGGAAAGCGCCGGUGCGUUCCUUGUGGGGACAAGGGGUCCUCAUCGCCUUGGUUGGAAUAUUAUAUCUAUUCGCGAACACUGUCCUCGAGGCCAUUCUCAGCGUGAGCACAAUCGCAUUGACGAUUUCGUACGGCAUGCCGAUCGCGGUGCUGCUCUGGGUCGGUCGCGACAAGCUUCCCCCCGGGGAGUUCCGUCUCGGACGAUGGGGUACGUUCGUCAACUGGGUCAGCAUUGUCUACUGCAUCAUUACGACGAUCUUCUUCCUCUUCCCUGGGUCGCCAAACCCGGCGCCGAGCGAUAUGAACUAUGCGAUCGCGGUGUUUGGAGUGAUGCUUGUGGUGUCGAUUGCAUUCUGGUUUAUUCAGGGCAGUCGGACGUAUCUUCAGACCGACGAUGCCCUUGCGCAGAUGAUUCUUGCCCAGCGGUUGGAGAAUGAGCAGCCCAUCGAGGACCCUACCACCGACUCGAAAAAGAAAUGA